UUUACCCAAACUGCUUUCCUAUGGUCUGGUCUCAGGGAGAGAGAGAAGCUGUGUUUGUGUAUGUGACCACAGAGGGCCGCUUCUGUUGCUGCACUUUUUUCACCCGGCAUCAGACGCAGAUAUGUGUGAAAGGGACUGUAAGGAGAGCGUGUGUCUCUGUUCCAGCUCGUCCGAAUAACUUUAACGCUCCUGCUUCAUCUUCUGACGUGGUGAGGUCACAUUAUCUUUGCCCUUUGGAUAUACAACUUAUCUUUCUGACAGUUCAUGUGUUUUAGUUCUGAAAGUUGUGACCAACACAGAGGAACAGAGAUGAGGAUUUGUUUGGAAAGGAGCUAAAGACGAUUGUGGGAUACAGUACAGAAAGUUUGGAUUAAAAAUGAACCCGGUUCGGAAAGACAUGGAGCUGCUGAGUAACAGCAUGGCCACUUAUGCCCAUAUCAAAGCCAACAUGGAAAGCUUUGCGCUGUACUUCAUGCUGGGUGUAUGUUCUGGUCUUCUCCUGGCUCUGGUCCUUCUCAUAUUGGGCAUCACCUGCAGGCCACGGUCAAAGGCGAAGACACCCGACAAGAGACACCUUAAAGAGUCCAGUGAGGAAGAGGAGGACAAGCAAGAAGACAGUGAGGAACUGGACGAUGAAGAUUUAGAGCUCCCCACGGUUACCGUGAGCCCCGCCGCGAGCGAACAGAGUCAGCUGACCGGGACUAUUAAAAGCAUCAAUGUGUUCACUUCUGCAGAGGAGCUGGAGAGAGCCAGGAGACUGGAGGAGAGAGAGCGAAUCGUUCGGGAGAUCUGGAGAAACGGACAGCCGGAUAUUCUGGUCACAGGCACGGGCACGCUGGGCCGAGUUCACUAUUAGAUUGUUUUAAGCAAACUUGUGUGAAAUGUACCUCCACGGUUUUAUUGAAAUAAGUGAGAUUUGAUUUGCAUGUUACUGCUGAGGAUUCUGUGGUCAGUUUCAUAAGCACUUGUCAUCUGAAUAAUUUGGAGAUUUUAAAGGGAUAGUUCACCCAAAAUUUUUUAUUCUGUCAUCAUUUUUUCAUCCUCAUGUUGUUUUCUUUCUGAUGAAUGCAAAUGUUGAUAAAUGAUGGUGAACACACAGCUGAUUGUAUCCAUUGACUUCAAUAGUAGGAAAAACAAAUACGAUAAAAUUCAAUUGGUACCAUCAAUUUUGUGCUUCCAAUCAAUCAUCAAAAUAUCUUCUUCAUCAUUCAUCACAAUACUUCCAUAAUAUUUGUUUUCCUACUAUGGAAGUCAAUGGUUACAAUCAGCUGUGUGCAUACCAUUUUGUUUUUAAAUAUCUUCUUGUGUUGUUUUUAGAAAGAAGUAUUCAUACAGAUUUUAAACAACAUGAGGAUGAGAAAAUGAUGACAGAAUUUUCAUUGUUUGGGGAAAAAACCCUUUAAUGGUGCAUUUAAGAUCCAUACAGGUUUGUAUAUCUAUUUUAAUACACAUUUCAUUUUUAAUAAUAUUUGUUUAUAUAUUUUAAAUGCUUUUGUAUUUUCUAUGUAUUUUUUUAAUUAUGCAUCUAUAGCAUUUUUAUCUGUUAAGACAACUUAAGGUAAUUUGAUUAAAAUUUUACUUCUGGUCCAUGACGUGUUACACCAAAAAGAAUGUGAAGCACAAAGCAUUGUGGGAUAAAAUACAAAGUAUUCUCCGCUCUAUACUA